CAGUUUUUCACCCGAGCGACAUCUUCUUGUUGUCGACAUUUACUUCACGUGAAAAGUUUGUUUUUUUGGGGGGGUACACCAGAGAGGCGAGUGUGAUGCCCACACCCUCCUGCUGUUCUCGACAUAUCACAGGCCUCCAAGUCUGAAGGCAAAAUGCAGACUGAAGGGUCAGUACCAACAGCUGGACCUAGGUUAAAUCAUCUUGCUGCCUGGUUCGACGGUGAAGUUGCAGCGGUGGUGACUAUUCUGUUGGGGCUGUUUCAGAUAGUGCUGGCUGUACCUCUUUUUUAUGCAGAUCCAAGUUUUUCGAAAUUCUUUAUGUUACCACUGGUCUUAGGAGCUUUGACUAUAGCAGGAGGGUCAUUUACGAUGGCUAGUGAAAGGAAACCCAGCAGGUCUUUGAUUCAGGGAUGCGCCUGCGGUAAUUUAGUGGGUCUCCUGGUGGCGCUGAUUGCCUUGGGCUUGUACUGCUACAGCUUCAACACUAUAAAAUUUGAAGAUGAGCUAUGUUUGCCUGUUCCUUCUGAUUACGAGGAAGGGCCUUAUAAAUGUCCUGGAGAAUUCCUUCGGGCCAUCAGCAGGAGUAUUAUUUUACUGUUACUGCUUGAUGCCUGUGGGGCUGUGUUUCUCCUUCUUCUCAUGUCUGCAUCUGCCAUUAGAGCACUCAAAACGGAGUAACUCACUGUCACUCUUACAAAAAGUGAUUCUGCCAAGACAGCUUAUAGGUGGCUUAUAAAAAAAAACAACACAACUGAUGGAUCAGCGCUAAGAUUGAGGAUGAGUUUGGCUAAGGCCACCCUCUAGUGGAGAAUUUGUGAAACGGCUUAAAUAGUCAUAAAUAUGAAGCUCCACACCGGAAAACGUA